AUGAACGGAAAUCUUUGUUUUGAUGACAAAUUCUUGAUAGAUAAGGAAGUCCUAGGUAAAGGAGCUUUUGCAACUGUUGUAAAGGGAUUAGAUUUGAAAAAUAAUCAGCACAUUGCUUGCAAGAUUGUCUCGAAAUAGAAGUUAAAAGAAAACCCUACUUUAGAUAAUCUUUUUGCACAAGAAAUACAAUUACAAAGAUAGCUUAAGUCGCCUUAUAUUAUUUAGCUUUAUAAAGUAUAUAGCGUUGAUAAUUAUUACAUGCUUAUGAUGGAGUAUUGUGAAGGUGGUGAUCUUGAGAAGUAUUUGUAGAAAAAUGGACCAAUACCAGAAUAAAAAGCUAUAGGUUUUCUGAUGUAAGUUCUUGCUGGAUUAAGAGAGAUUCACUCUCACUCAAUUAUUCACAGAGAUUUGAAGCCUUAAAAUAUUUUCAUCAAAGGAAAUCAGCUAAAAAUUGGAGAUUUUGGAUGUGCUAGAACAGCCUUUAUUGAUUCAUUGAAUGUGGGUAAAACCACUGUUGGAUCAUCUUAUUUCAAAGCACCAGAAAUUAUUGAGGGUCUAGAAUAUGGUUUUGAAGUAGAUAUUUUCAGUUUAGGUGUCCUACUUUAUAAAAUGCUAUUCAACAGCUAUCCAUUUGAAGGACAGUCUGUUUAAGAAAUUUACAAGAAGAUGCAAAGUGUUAGCAUUGACUUUAAGAAAAAUGGAGUAGUUAUUUCCAAUUAAAUGAUAGAUUUUUUGUAGCGUCUACUUAAAUUUGAUAGAAAUGAUAGAAUCACUUGGUUAUAAGUAUACUAACAUCCUGUUAUUUCUAAAAAUUUAAAGAACGACAGUAUUUCAGCAGAAAAUAUCUUUGCACCAUAGUUCAUUGAUGUUCAGCUCUACUAAGAUCCAAAGUUUACUAACAAAAAAUUUUCUUCUAUCAAAGUCUAAUCCAAUUUAUCUACUUCAGGAAUAGCAGAAGAAAACAAGUAAAAAAGUAAUGUUUAGUAAUAAGAUGAAGAGAAAAAAAGAAUGCUUGCAGAAUUAAAGGAAGCUAAAGAAAAAGAAAUAUAGUUUGCUGUAAAAUAGUACCUAUUAAAAAGAAAUAUUUAUGGACAAAUGUGGGAGCUUGCUAAAUCUUUCAAAAAAUUUAAUAUCCCAUAAAUUGAUUCUAAAAUUCCUGCAUUAUUUAUCUUAAAAAAAAUGAAAAGUUUGAAUUCACAAUUGCAGAACGAGCUCAAUUAAAGAAUUAAUAUUUUUAACUUGAAGUAUUUUAACGACUUUCUAGACUCUGAGCCUUAUGAAAAACUGCAAAAAUAAAUAAAUGAUGACUCAGUUGAAAUCGAUAAAUUAUUACACCCUACUUAAUAGGAAGCUAUAGAAAGUAUUUAAAAACUUAACAUCACUGAUCAAGAUCUUAUUUAAGAAAUUAAAACAUUACAACUCACUCCUUGCUUUAAAAAGUUUUAUAUCGAAUCACUCAUAGCUUACGCUAACGGGCUUAACUAGAUACUAUAAAAAUUGAAUGACACUGCUUAAUAAAAGGGAUUUUUCUACCAAAUUAUACUUGUGUAUGAAGCAUGCAGUAUAGAUAAAUUGAUUAUUGAUAAUAUUGAAUAUGACUUUGAAAAGCAUAAAUUAGAAAUCAUUCACACAAAUCCAGAAAAAUACUAAAGCAUUAUUGAGCAAAAGCAAACAGAAGCACUUAAUUGA